AGUGUGCGGCGAGUUGGUCUAUGCGGGAGGAGGGGCUGAGCCGGGACCCCUCUGCUCCCCCUGGAGACGGGCUCUGACUGCUUUCUGUGGCCUAGUAACCUGCAGUCACGUGUGAGGAUGGCGAGUACAAUGAUAGCUGCUGGGCUGACCAUCGCCGUUGCAGGCUUUGCAGGUCGCUAUGCCUUGCAAGCCAUGAAGCAUAUGGAGCCACAAGUGAAGCAAGCUCUCCAGACCCUGCCCAAAACGGCUUUUGGUGGUUAUUAUAAAGGCGGCUUUGAACCCAAGAUGAACAAACGAGAAGCGUCAUUAGUACUGGGAAUCAGCCCAACCGCCAACAAAGUAAAGAUAAGGGAAGCUCACCGGCGGAUUAUGCUGCUCAAUCAUCCAGACAAAGGUGGAUCUCCGUACCUGGCAGCCAAGAUUAAUGAAGCCAAAGAUCUGCUGGAAGGCCAAGCAAAGCGAUAAAAUCCACAAUAUUCUCUGUACAACCACUGGAAAUGUUUCUUUUUAUUUUCAUCCGUGAUUUUGCUGUAGAAAUUGCUGCUCACAAUAAAUUCAUCUACAAUU